UUGAAAUACUAACCUUACCCGCCGGCUUUUUUUUUUCUUCUUGAACUUCUUCUCACAGCAACACACCGAACCCGUUUGCUGUACCCUCCCAUCGGCCCGCCAUGUCUACCGCCAACGAGGGCGUCCAGCCCGCCGAUAAGGAGGCCGCUCCUAUCGCAGAGAUCCACAGCGUCCAUGGAACCCCGGAUCUGCCCACCGGUUGGAUGUACAGACAGCGUCGCAUCUUCGGCUUCCGCAUUCCCUGGUAUGCCUCGCCUAGUGUUCAGCUCGGGUUCGUGGCGUUUGUCUGCUUUCUAUGUCCGGGGAUGUUCAAUGCGCUCGGAGGCAUGGGCGGUGGCGGCAAGACCGAUGCGACACUCGCCGAUAACAUGAACACCGCGCUCUACAGCACCUUCGCUGUCUUUGGCUUCUUCGGUGGUACCUUUGUCAACAAGCUUGGGGUGAAAUGGACACUGGCCUUCGGUGGAAUUGGUUACUGCAUCUAUGCUAUUAGCUUGUUGGUCUCGGUGCACGCAAGCGUCGCCGGGUUCAAUAUCUUCGCAGGGGUCUUUCUCGGUCUUUGCGCAGGUCUGCUUUGGACUGCACAGGGGACAAUCAUGAUCUCCUAUCCGGACGAGAAACAGAAGGGGAAGUACUUUGCUUGGUUCUGGGGUAUUUUCAACAUGGGCGCGGUGAUAGGGAGCUUGAUUCCUUUGGGACAAAACAUCCACGUGACAAGCAACAAGACGGUCUCUGACGGAACCUACAUUGGAUUCAUCGUGCUGAUGUUCGUCGGGGCGCUGCUGGCGCUCUGCCUCUGCAACGCCAGCGACAUCGUCCGCCGGGACGGCAGCCGCGUGGUCCUGAUGAAGCACCCGAGUUGGCAGUCGGAGCUGCUGGGACUCUGGGAGACACUGCGCUUCGAGCCCUUCGUGGUGCUUCUGUUCCCGAUGUUUUUCACCUCCAAUUGGUUCUAUGUCUACCAGCAGAACUCGGUCAACGGGGCGCACUUUGACACACGGACCAAGGCCCUCAACAACCUCCUCUACUACCUGGCCCAGAUCAUCGCCGCCGCCAUCUGGGGUCUUUUGCUUGACGUGCAGCGCCUGCGCCGCUCUGUGCGCGCCCGGAUCACCUGGGUGGUGCUGUUCGUACUCACCUUCGCCAUCUGGGGCGGGGGCUACGCCUACGAGAAGACUUACACGCGCGCUGACACGGCGAGCGAGGAUUUCGUGUCGACUGAUUGGUCGACAUCCGGCUACGUGGGACCCAUGUUCUUGUACUUCUUCUACGGCUUCUACGAUGCGGCGUGGCAGGCGAGUAUCUACUGGUUCAUGGGCGCCCUCUCCAACUCGGGCCGCCGCUCCGCCAACUACGUCGGGCUGUACAAGGGAAUCCAAUCCUGUGGCGCCGCGGUAAUGAACAACCUGGAUGCGCGCAAGGUCUCGUACAAGACGGAGUUCAUCAGCAACUGGGUGCUGCUGGCUGGGUCGCUGGUCAUCGCCGCCCCGAUCAUCUUCUUCAAGAUCCGGGACCACAUCGACAUUGAGACCGAUCUGGCGGGCACGGAUGAGACGAUUGCCGAUGUGUUGCCGGCGAAUCAUCCAGAGAAAGUGGGGGCUUAGAUCGCUGAGAUACCCGGUGGAGGGUUGGGGUGUGAAUGGUCACCUUGGAUAUGGAUUAAUGGGAAUGUAGCCACGAGCAAGCGACAGUCGAAGGGCAGAGGUACAUCCGGGCUCGGUCAUGUUAUUGUGAAUGAGGAUGUAGUUAAUAGUAAUAGGCUGAUUUGCUGGAAUGCAUAACGAGGUUACGUGUUAUGAAAUCAUACGGAAGGAUAUAGUAGCGACUCUGUUACAAUGAAU